UAAUUUGAAAGAUUAUACUAGUAUGCGUUUCCGUGGUUUGACCGCUACCUCUCUUCCUAAAUCCUAACCCUUUUUUAAUUCCUUCCUUCCUUUCCCAUUUUAUAUUUCCGCAGCCAUCAUCAUAACCUCACCGAUUCUUCUCAUAACAAACAAACACAGAAAUAUAGACCGACUUGUGUCUAUGUUUUUAUGUUUCUCUCUGUCACACCGUCUGUUUCCAUACCCUAAGGUUUUUGUUUUUGUUCUUGUUCCUCUUUCUCUUUCAGUUCAAUAAAUCAUCACCUUUUCCAACACAUACUCUUAUUUCCACCACUUCUCAUCAAUCUCAACAAAAACAACAUGAGUACUGAUCAACGAGACGACCUUCAGAUCCAUCAAACUCGUCGAUUACCAGAUUUUCUCCAAACCGUAAAUCUCAAAUAUGUCAAACUGGGUUACCAUUACCUAAUCACACACCUAUUAACUCUUUGCUUAAUCCCUCUAAUGUCCAUUAUCAUUGUCCAAGCUUCACAAAUGAACCCUCAAGACAUUCACCAUCUCUGGCUUCACCUCAAAUACAAUCUCGUUUGUGUCAUUACUUGUUCCGCUAUUCUCGUUUUCGGAUCCACCGUUUACAUCAUGACCCGACCCAGAUCCAUUUACCUAGUCGAUUACUCUUGUUACAAACCCCCUUCCAAUCUCACCGUUAAAUUCACUAAGUUCAUCCAACACUCCAAACUCAAAGGCGAUUUCGAUGAAUCUUCGUUAGAGUUUCAGCGCAAGAUUCUAGAACGUUCUGGUCUCGGUGAAGAAACAUAUCUCCCUGAAGCUAUGCAUAAGGUUCCACCAACACCUAACAUGGUUUCUGCCAGAGAAGAAUCUGAACAGGUUAUGUAUGGCGCUCUUGAUAAUCUUUUUGCUAAUACAAAGAUUAAGCCUAAAGAAAUUGGUAUACUUGUUGUUAAUUGUAGUUUGUUUAAUCCAACGCCUUCGCUUUCUGCUAUGAUUGUUAACAAGUAUAAACUAAGGGGGAAUAUAAGGAGUUUCAAUUUAGGUGGUAUGGGUUGUAGUGCUGGUGUUAUAGCUAUUGAUCUUGCUAAAGACAUGCUUCAGGUUCAUAGAAACACUUAUGCUGUUGUUGUUAGUACUGAGAAUAUUACUCAGAAUUGGUAUUUCGGUAAUAAGAAAUCUAUGUUGAUACCUAAUUGUUUGUUUCGGGUCGGUGGUGCUGCGGUUCUGCUUUCGAACAAAGGCUGUGAUAAAAGAAGAGCUAAGUAUAAGCUUGUUCAUGUUGUGAGAACUCAUAAAGGUGCUGAUGAUAAAGCUUUUAAGUGUGUGUACCAAGAACAAGACGAUGUUGGUAAAACCGGUGUUUCUUUGUCUAAAGAUCUUAUGGCUAUUGCGGGUGGAGCUCUUAAGACUAAUAUAACAACUUUGGGUCCACUUGUUUUACCAGUUAGUGAACAGCUUUUGUUUUUUACUACCUUGGUUGUUAAGAAGCUUUUUAACGCGAAAACUAAGCCUUAUAUACCUGAUUUUAAACUUGCUUUUGAGCAUUUUUGUAUACAUGCUGGUGGAAGAGCUGUGAUCGAUGAGCUUGAGAAGAAUUUACAGCUUUUGCCUAAUCAUGUCGAGGCGUCGAGAAUGACUUUGCAUAGAUUUGGGAACACUUCAUCAAGUUCAAUUUGGUAUGAGUUGGCUUAUAUAGAAGCGAAAGGGAGGAUGAGAAAAGGUAACAGAAUUUGGCAGAUUGCAUUUGGGAGUGGUUUUAAGUGUAACAGUGCAGUGUGGCAGGCUAUGAAACAUGUGAAAGCUUCACCUAUGAGUCCAUGGGAAGAUUGCAUUGAUAGGUAUCCAGUUGAGAUUGUUACAUAGUUUGAUAUGAUAGUAGUUCUUCUAGUUUUAUAUGAGUCAAUAUCAGCUAGAGAAGAGUCUUUGCACAUUUAUCAUCUUCAUUUGUUUUUGUUUCCUAAAAAUUUAGGGUCAGUGAUGUUGUCUGGUUUGGUUUAGAUGUCAUGUUACUUGGUCCAUAUUAGGUUGCUUGAGUAGUUAUUAUUCAACUAUUAUCUUGAGUAAUUAAUUAAUUAUUUAUGCAGAGUAGUACUAGAAGUGUCCA